CAAGACAAGUGGGACUAUAACUCGGAAGAAUUUACAUUGUAUCAAGUUUUAGAAGAAUCCAUCAAAAACAUUGAAAGUAUUCUGAAAUCGAAAUAUUAUACUACACAUUCAUAUUAUGGUGAUCUUUCAGAACUACCGGGCCGUUGUCUACUUAUCGCAAAAGAGAAUUUUAGAACAUACUUUGGCUUCAUGUUUUUAUUAUAUGCCAUAUUUUCUCUUAUCAAGGACAUAAAUCCUAAUUUUAUCUCUAUUAUUCCUGGCGUUGGUGAACAGAUUGUACGGGAUAUUGUAUUAAAACGAUCAUAUCAUAAUGAAGAGUAA